UCCGGUGCCACGCACUCGGCGUCCUGCACACGCGUGCGCAUUGCGUUGGCUCAGAACCAGUAGGCCUCGGUACAGCCUCACCACUCCACACAUUUGCACCGGCAGUUUUUCCCUCUUUAGAAUCACUGUGUGGGAAGUAUGGCUGGUUGGGCAGGAUUUUCUGACGAGGAGGUGACGCGAAUGAAGCAAUUGAAAGAUCCUUUGAUCUCAGAAAAGGCAGAAAAACUUGGACGAACACCAUCAACAAACAAAAGUCGUCAGCAACUCCAAAGGGAAAGGGCAUUGAACCAACAUAGCCACAGAACAAAUGGACAAAAUGAAGUUCCUUUCAUCCUUCCAGAACAACAACUGUCCAAAACAAAGAUGAAUCUUCCAAAAGCUACAGAGCUACCAGCAUCUGAGCUGGGACCAAAGCCAAAUGUAGAAGAGGCUAAUAAACAAUUAUCUACAACUGAGGAAAGCUGUAAGAAAGAAACCGACAACCCUGGAGCCAAAGCAUCAUGUAUAUUCCAGGAUUCUACAAUUAAAGAACUCUCAACAGUACAGAUCAAAGGGAUGGAAUUGUUAGUAAGUCUAGAACUAACUAUUGGAAAUGGUGCUUCAUUAUUUAUGCAGCCAUCUUGGCAAUGGCGCGAGAGAUCACGGCUGGAACAACUGCAACUAGAACAGCGAGUAAUGGAAGAGAAGAAUAAACGCAAGAAAGCACUUUUGUCAAAGGCCAUUGCAGAAAGGUCCAAGCGAACCAUGGCAGAAACUGUGAAGCUAAAACAUAUCCAAAAGGAGCUUCAGUGUUUGGAUGACUUGUUAGCGAAUGGCGUUAAUGUUCUCCGGAAUCGGAUUGAACAGUCCAGCUGGGAAUACUUACUGGCUAAGAAGAGGUAUGAUAAAGCAGAAGUGGAAUAUGUUGCAGCUAAGAUGGAUCUUCACAAGAAGAUUGACCAGAAGGAGCAACUGACUGAGCAUCUGUGUGCCAUAAUCCAGCAGAAUGAACUACGCAAAUCUAAGAAGUUGGAGGAACUGAUGCAGCAAUUGGAAAUGGAGACAGAUGAGGAGCAGCUAGAACUAGAGAUUGAAGUGGAAAGUAUGUUACAGCGUCAAGAACAAGCCAAGGCAACUGAUCAGACAAAUGCAGGAACUGACAAAUCAUCACAGCAGAGUAUUCAACAGGGUGACAGCAAGAAUCAAUCACUGGAACAAAUUGAAACGGAAACAGAGAGUGCUGUUACUUGUGAAACGGAUAGGAAAAAUUCAAAGGACAAAUUAAAGGAACUGAAUUUGAAUUGCAGAAUUCCAGAGAAGAUUGAGACACUUAUUGCGAUAGCUUGAGUAUGUGUGGUGGCAUUCCAAAAACACAUUUGGGCAAAAUUGGUGCUGAUUUUCAUAAUGUUGUAAAUCUUUUGGGAAACGGAACCCAAAUCAUUUCUUCACGUUUUAUUCAAAUGUUGUAUUUGAUUAUAAUAUCUUAAGUUUACUAACGGUUCAAUCUUUGAACAAAAUUUUGGCUUUGGGGUGGAAAAUAAAUCAUAAUCGGUAAUACCUGUCAGAAGUGUGACCUGUAAUUUUUGGCACUUUACAAAUUUUUAUGCACUUCAUAAAUUAUUUGAUCUCACUACGUUUCUGUAAAAUAUGAAAUGUGCAAUAUAGUUUACCCCCAUGACAGUUUAUCAAAUAUAAUGACAAAUUAUUGAGAGUGGCUAGAGGAUGUCUCAAUUUUAUGCAAGUUUUGCUCAAAAAUGCAAAAAUAUACUAUUGUCAUUUAUCACUUUAAGUUUGCAUGCAUUUUUCUUUAUUUUUAAUAAUAUUUCUGGAUUAUGGUUAUUAGAAUUUAUAAAUAUGACACAAUGCAAUUGUUGAUGAAUGGAUUACUAGUUCUGUUAGUUUUAUGGAAAUUUUAAUUUUAACUUGUUGAUGUUUAAAAGUGUUACUACCAGUAGUGAAUUAUGUUUACGGACUUUGUAAUAAUACACUAAGACAUGAUCUUUACCAUGGGUGCCUUUUUUUAUAAAAUUCAACCAUGUACAUUAAACAAAUCAGAAAGGAGCACCAGUGAAGUAGGUAUUUGAAAAUAAUGUAUUUUAUAGAACUUAAAAAUACAAAUUCUAUCAAUUCGAAUCUUCCAACAUAUACAAAACAUCCCUGGGUUUGUUUUAAGCCUUUUAUUUUGGUAAUGCAGAUAACUUAUGAUUUUGCAUUAGCACCUGUAAUCCUCCUUUAAUGCGUUGUCAUAUCAUCAAUUGUGGUAGCAGGCCGCUGUACCAAAACAUAUUAACUUGCAUUUUGUUCCUCUCCACUGCUUAUUGGAUCAUUCCUUAGACUUAAGUGGAUGACAGAACUAUGCAGAUGGUUGGACAUUGUGAACGUGACCUAUUGUAUUUAUGUAUGUUCUGAGCUUGCUCAUUUAAGAACUUUAUUUUUUAUUGAUGCAUUGAUUCAAAACUAUUCUGUAAAUACAAAUGACUGGUCCUGCAAUUCUUGUAAUCUAAAAUGUAAAUCGCUUUGAUCCCAAAGUACAAUUGUGUGUUGUUUUUGCCUUUUUUUCCCCAGAUUAAUUUGGUUUGGCAUUGCCAAGUUACAAAUAUUUGCACAAUUAUCCUUUGAUAUUAAAGGAGAUCACAUUAAAUCUAAACUUAGCUUUAUCUAAUAUGCGCACGCAAAAUGUAUUUGCUUUCCUUCCCACCAAAAACGUUUCAAUGUUGGGCUUGAGUCAAGUACUCAACUACUUCGUUUAGGAGUUAUUUAUCUUACUCACUUAUCUUAUUUAUCUGCACUCUUUUCAAAGUUGUUAUUGGUAUUUACAAUUGAAGAUUGAAACAAAACGAUCUCCAGAUUGACAUUCCCGACCGAGAGAAGAAUUGCUUAUUUUCUGUCAGACAGCCCCUUUUCCUGGCACAGAGCAAGUAUGAAACUAAAUGGGCUUUAUUUUAAAAGUAGGUCUAGAGUGAGUAAAAAGUACAUUGGAGUUUGAGUUUCUCUAAAUUGGUCUGCAUUGGUGCAACCCAUUUCAGUGAAUGCCUGUUGCAAAUUUAAUUUAAUUAUGUUCCAGGGGCUCACUUAACUAUUCUUCGAUUGUCAUUCCAAGCCAUUUAUUCUCUUCUGAUUUCACCACAUGGGAUCUCUGAGAAUUUUGUACACUUGUUUUACAAUAGAUUUUACUUAGUAACUUGUAAUAUUCUUAAAUAAAUUAUUUUGCAC